AUGUGUCCACGAUCACAUCGUCAGCUAUGGCAACUUGGUGAAGAUUGUCUAUAUGCUAAAAUGGCAUUUCUAUUUGAUAAUAAAGCAACUGUCGCUUAUGCCGCUAUAGUAACUGUUUGGUCCGCUCUAUUUCUUCCAGCUUGGGAUGUUGCAGAAUAUCAAUAUCAAUAUGAAUGGGAUACGUUUGAUUUAAUGGAUGGUGGAGGUGGAGGUACUGAUUUAGAUGAACCACGACCAGAUUUUAAACGUAAAGUUCGAACAACACGUAUAAAUCCAAUAACUGGUGUUACGGAACAAUAUAUGCCAACACGAGAACGAUGUGCAAAAAUUGCAUCAUCAUUUUCCGUUGUUGCUAUGAUGAUAUUACUUGUGCUCAGUUUUGUUUUUGGUGUUGUACUCUAUCGAGUAACGAUUAAAGCAACAAUAAGCUCAACACGUACACCCGAACUUGUUCGUCGUUAUUCUCCACAUGUAGCUUCAAUAACUGGCGCAUUUAUUAAUCUUGUUGUUAUUAUUGCAUUAAGUUCCCUAUAUGAACGUUUAGCUAUAUGGUUAACAGACUAUGAAAUUCAUCGAACAGAAAAAGAUUAUGAAAAUGCGUUAACACUAAAAAUGUUCUUAUUUCAAUUUGUUAAUUUUUAUGCAAGUAUUUUUUAUAUUGCAUUUAUUAAACCAUGGUUUGCUAAUCCACCUGGCGUAGAAAGUUAUAAAAUUGGAAAAUAUAAAACUGAAGAAUGUGAAGCUAGUGGUUGUCUAGCGGAAUUAUCUAUUCAAUUGUUAGUUAUACUCGUGGGAAAACAAGUUAUUAAUAAUUUAUUCGAAGUUGGCAUGGUGAAAUUUUGGACUUAUUUUCGUCGUGUACUUGUUCAUCGAAAUGCAUUUAAACAAAUGAGAUAUCGUCGUCAUCAUACACUUCAUUGGUAUAGUAAAAGACCACAAGAAGAAGAUUUCAUGUUAGAACGAUGGACAACUACGACACUUUUUUAUGAAUAUCUUGAAUUAAGUAUGAGAUAA